AUGCUGCCUACAAGUGCUUUCUGAGUAGAUCCUAAUCAAGCACAGCAGCAGAUAUUCGCGGCCACUCUUGGCAACGGGGGUUUGAUGAUGGUACCUAUAAAUCCUACUGCUACAACCGCUACUUCAAUUGGUUCUGAUGGCCAACCUACUACACAAGCCUGGGCAUCGCCGGUGUUUGCUGCUCGUCAGAUGCCCGAUGUUUCGGUAAAUUAA